GGAUAAACUCGUUUGACGCUUGGACAGAGGGCGCCUCUAAGACAUCGCGGGCCUAUAUAAAGAAAAUGGUUUGGUGGAAAACUAUCAACAGUCCACCGACUCAAGCAGAAGCAACUUUACUUUCAAUAGUUUCAAUUCGGAGAUCUUCUAAACAUGUUCCGCAUUAUCGCCGUGAUCCUCGCACUCUCUACUGUGGCUUUGGCCGCUCCCGGCUUUGUUGAGCCACACUACGGCGUGGUUCCUGUUGCGCAUGUAGCUCCAGUGGUUUCCGUGGUAAAACACGUUCCGGUGGUAAAGAGUGUCCCAGUGGUCCAGCACGUUCCCGUGGUAAAAAAUGUCCCUGUCAUUAAAAAUGUUCCCGUGGUAAAGCAUGUUCCUGUGGUUCACAAUGUGCCUGUUGUCAAGUCCUACGCGGUUCCAGCUUACGGACACGUAAUUUACCAUUGAUUAGCCAAAAUUAUUGAUAAAUUCAGCUUGAACAUUGAUUUGAAUCAUACCAACGAUGAAUAGAAAAAUAAAAUUUUAUGUAUAAUAAAGCAAA